AUGGCGGCUUCGCUCCCGUACCACGAGCCAGGAAUCGUCACAAUCCUUAUCCAGACGUCCUUUCUUCUCGUCCUCAAUGUCGCCAAUUUUGUGCUUGAUCAUAGUGUCUACUGUGGCCUUCUCGGGCAGAUAUUCGUAGGAGUAGCCUGGGGAACGCCCGGAGCCAAAUGGCUGAGCACAGAAGCUGAGCAGGUUGUUGUCCAAUUGGGCUAUCUCGGAUUGCUGCUUUUGGUAUAUGAAGGCGGCCUGUCAACCUCUCUGGGCGCCCUCAGGGCCAAUAUUUGGCUGUCUUCGUGCGUUGCCAUUACUGGCAUCAGCGUGCCCAUGGGCCUCUCCUUCGUCCUCCAGAAGCUCAGCGAUGCAACGCCUCUCCAGGCGUUUGCUGCCGGUGCAGCGUUAUGUUCCACGAGCCUUGGUACGACAUUCACUGUGCUUCGAUCAACUGGUCUGGUCACGUCCCGGCUCGGCGUCGUGCUCACCAGUGCCGCCAUGAUGGAUGACGUUGUCGGCCUUGUCAUGGUCCAGAUCAUCUCCGAUUUGGGGUCAUCUAAAACUGAAAUCAGUGCCGUCACUAUUGUCAGGCCGCUUCUGGUAUCCGUCGCAUUUGCAGUAUGCGCUCCUCUUGUCUGUGUCUUCAUGGCCAAGCCGUUCACUCUCCGGUUGAACUCUUGGAGGAUGAAACAUCCCCUGGGGCGUGUCAAUCAGCUUUUCAACAGGAGGGGAACACCAUGGGUUAUUCACACCUCCAUCUUGGUUGGCUGUAUCACUGGGUCAACAUACGCAGGCACUUCUAAUCUCUUCGCUGCCUAUAUUGCGGGCGCAGCCAUCAGUUGGUGGGACUCUGAAAUAUCUCAUCCUGCUAAUGAGAAGACGGCAUCGGAAACAUCACCUCCAGUACAAAACCAAGCUUCUGGACAACCAGAAACAGAUAAUGCUAUGAUAUGUGAACAAACUGUUUCGGAACCCAAGAGACCAGAUACAUCUGGAAUGGCUACUUUCGAAAGGUAUUAUCUGCAGCCCCUCGAAAGGAUCUUGAAGCCGUUCUUCUUUGCAUCCAUUGGUUUCUCUGUCCCAAUCACCGAGAUGUUCAAGGGCCCUAUUGUAUGGAAAGGGCUCGUGUAUACCGCUCUGAUGAUGGUGGGCAAGUUACUAUGCGGCGCUUGGUUCCUUCGCAUCUCCACUGCCUCUCUUCUGCCCACCAAUUUAUUAGCCUUUGUCAAGCAUCCUAAACUACAAAUGGUUCAUUUCUGGGGACGAGUUCACGAAAAGCCCAAGACGUCUCAGAACUUGGCUUCUUCACAAGCAGCUCAAACCCAAGAGCUCUCGUCAGCAUCUCAAUCAAGCCGAGAGGCAAACACGCAAACGACGCCCUCUCAUUCUGAUCCUGCUGGGGCUAAUCCGCGAUCAAUCUACCCUGCUUCUAUAUUGGGCUGUGCAAUGACUGCUCGCGGCGAGAUUGGCUUCUUGAUUUCUUCCAUUGCGGAAAGUAACAAGAUAUUCUCUUCGUCGCCGACUGAUAAUGGCAAGAGUUCGGAAAUAUUCCUCAUUGUUACGUGGGCCAUAAUGCUUUGCACAAUUCUGGGACCUUUAUCGCUGGGGGUUACAGUGAGACGAGUCAAGCAGCUGGAGCAGGGCGUUGAGAAGCAAGGUCGCCUGGUUCAGAAAGAUGUGCUUGGUGUCUGGGGGGUUUCUUGA